UGAUGUUCUGAUGUGUUUUAUUUGUCGCCACAAGGUGGCAGUGUUGCAUAAUAUUCGUCUUCCAGUCAACACUUUCCAAGAUGGAAUCCAACCAGAAACACCAAACACAAAACACAGGGGAAAUAAAGGAAAUAUAUCCCGUGGACCUCCCAGAUGUUGAUUACAAUUCCUUGUGUUUAACCUCUGAAAACAUAUUGUCAUCCCUGGAGUCAAACACCUAUACAGGAGAAAAUUGGUUUAUACCUUCAAUUGGCUCCAAGGUGGAGGUGACGCUUGACAAUGUGGGGAGGCUCGAAGUUUUUGGUGAUGAUCCACCUUGUACACUACUUGCUCUGCACAUGCCUGCAGACGAAACUCAAGUGGUUGCCCUGAAUCUGCACGGAAAGUGGUGGCCUUUAAAUGAUGUUUUGAAGACAUCCUGCAAAUCCAGAUCUGGUCUUGUUACGGUUCUGUCUGUUAUGGAGAGACUGAUACUAUUCCUGCUCAGUCAAAUUAUUUUUGGAGUUUUGGAGAGGCCUUUUAUGGAAGAUAUGUACUUUUCACCUCACCCUAUGAGGGAAUUUGGCAAAAUUCUAUGGCUUAAUGGAGAAGCAGUUGGCUUUUACACUAUCAAAAAGAAAGGAAGUCUGUGUGAUGGAUGCACUAGUCAAAGCUAUCAACUUCCGGUCCUUGACACUGUGUUUGUGAGGACUCAGUGGAGGAGGAGAGGUCUGGGACUGCAGAUUCUGGCAGACUUCUGCACAUCACUCCCCAAUGAGAAGGUGAUAGGACUCAGCUGUCCCAUAUCCCCAAGCAUGAUUAAAGUAUGCAGGAAGUUUCUCCUGACAAACCAGGACCAAAGGGAUCGGCUCUAUGAGGUGGUGGCUCCAGGGGCCUGGGACCAGAGACGUAACAUAUGGCUGAACAUACAGCUCAACUACAGUGCAAACAGUGAGGCCCUGCCUGGUUUGGAAUCAGGGUGCACCAAGGCAAAGGUUGUGUGAUAAUGAGAGACAGUCAGACAUCACGGUAAACAUCAUAAAAAGGGCUGUCAGAUAGAACACAAGAAAACACAUCUUUCAAGUAUUCCACUUGUGUAUAGAAUAUUGUUUGAUUUGAUGAUGCAUAUGAAACUGUUUUAUAUAGAGUGAACAGUAAAUAAGGAAUCCUAUCACCUGGUCAGCAGUAGUUAGGACUGACGGUUUAUUACCUUGUUUUAGCUUUGUGAUGAAAGAACUCUGAAUUUCAUGGACUUAGAUUUUGUGACCUCAACAUUAAAUUACUUGUAGAGUCCAUGACAACAAAUGUUGUCAUCGCUGAAUCUUGUAUGUAAGACAAUUAAGGGAAUUUAUAAUUUAGAGGAAAAACAAGUAAUGGGUUGGGGAAAUUAAUGUGCAGUCAAAUGUAUUAAAUCUGAUUUAGCCUU